UCAGAAGAGAGGCAGCUCACAAGCUGUUUAUGUCAGAGUCUGCCUUUUAGUGCUUUGGUUAGCACAUGGCAAAGGGGAAGAAGGGGGGUGAGGAGACCAUGUUUGGCCCAGUGAUGAUGGGGGCUCAGGGAGCCACGAGAAAGAAGUGAGUCACAGCAGGAGUCCUUGUCUAGCAGAGUUCUAAGCUGGAGCAACAGACAAAUUCUUCCUUAGCCAUAUCUGAAGAAACAGGCAAGAGGUGGAAAAGGAAAUAACCUACCAGAAUAAUCCUGAACAGAGCAGAGGCAGAGAUGACAGAGAAUCUGAGAAUGGGAAACAAGGCUCCGGGAACUUCUUGGUGGCUGUGGGUACUGGGGACCCUGGUAGGACUUUCACCAGGGGUAAUAUCCAAGCGUCAUUGCCCACAAGGACAGUACCAGGUGGAGCAAGGAUCAUGGUGCUGCCGACUAUGUAAUCCAGGCACAUUCCUAGUCGGGGACUGUGAUGGUGAUGGGAAGGAUCCUCACUGUAAAUCCUGUAUUCCUGGAUUGUCCUUCACCCCAGACCACCAUGCCCAGCGCCAAUGUGAGAGCUGUCGAAUCUGUAAUAAUGGAUUCUCAAUUCAGAAAUGCAACAUCACUACCAAUACAGAGUGUGCCUGCCCUGAGGGGCAACAGUGUCGAGAUAAAGAAUGCACCAACUGUGACCCCCAACCUACAUCCCUGCUGAGCUCGUCCCAGUAUCCCGUCAGAAGUCUACAUCCACAUCCUGCAACCAUGCCCCAACACCCCAUCAACACCCACUCAGCUUACUACUCUGAGACGGCUGGCACUAGUGCCACAAGACGUGCCCAAAACCCACCUCCAACAGCCCCGUCCAACCAUGUCAGCAUCUACAUCCUCCUCCUCCUCUGUGGAUUGAUUCUGACCAUGCUCAUUCAUGGGACUUGGCUCAUCCUAAAACAAAGAAACUGCUACCUCAAAAAGGAACAAGACAAGCAGCAGCCAGUCAAGCUCUGCCCAACAAGAUCCGGGGUAGAGCCAGGCCCCUGCUGUCCGAGGCAGGAAGAAGGGAGCACCGUGCCCAUUCAAGAAGAUUACCGAAAGCCUGAGACUACCUUUUUCCCCUAAGCCAGAUUGAUCAAGGUGUUGCUGAUGGGACAACAUCCUUCUCCACCUUAGCCUGGCUCUAGCCUGACUACUUAUAAGGGUAGGAGAUGAGAACCCUCCCAGUCAAUUCGGACACCUCCUAGGAGCUCUGGCCACCACCCUCUGCCCAUGUCUUCCCUUCCCUCACCUAGUAGUCUUCAUCUGCCUUUAAGAACGACAGAGACGGUUGUCAAGGAACUCAUUUGAGUGUGGUAAAGCUAAGAGGUUGUGGUGAGCAGCAAUGCACACUUGGUGCAUCCUGCAGGGCUUGGUUUGAGUGCCUUUCUACUAUGAUGGAGAGUCCAUAUGUACAAAUAAAACAGAUGCACUUCUCUGGCUGAGAAGUUGUUGUAUCUCUGAGCUGAGAGGAAACAUUAAAAUGGAUCUUCUUUAGUCUUUUAAUUUGAAAUGCUGAGAUCCUUAAGGAUAAGAACAAUCAAUUCCCAGGCUAUUGUCCACCAUCCCUCAAAGCCACCUUCUCUCUGCAUGAGAGCUUUCUCUGCCUCAGAGGGUAUUUAUUUAUUCAGGUUCUGUUUGUCAAAUGUACAAUCGAACAACUCCAAGUCACAAUCUCUUAAUUGCUCAGUGCAGGACCAUGUUCUCUGGCAUUAGUAGAACCAACCCCUAUUUUUCCUGGGUGGAGAUUCUGGGGCGAUCCCCAUAGGCACUAAUAAACUAGAGAUGGGGGAGAACAAAGGAAGCUGGCUGGAAACAUAUCAAAGGGGAUUGGAACAGUACUAUCCACAACUGGGGCUUGGGAUACCAGCAAGAUUGGCUUUCUCUUGCUCAGGGAACACUGGAUGGCUCCAUUGAUUUGGCCCUUCUCACUGUCCCAAGCUGAGGCUUGGCAGUGGUCUCCUUUGGGUUCUGAUUUCCUUCCUGACAACUCCCCAGCCCUAGAAUUUCCCUGUUGCACAUCACUCUGAAGAGCCCUAAAAGCUGCCCCUCAAUUCCCCACAUUCUUCUCCCACCAGUCUUAUGCCAUACUGGGCUAAAUUCAUCUCUCAAAUUUCUAAUGUUCCUUCUUGUAGUAAUUGUAAGUCUAAUUACCUUUACAUAUGAGGUCCAAAGAGGCUGUAAUGUGCUCAGGAUUUUAUAUCUAUUAAAUGUCUUGAAGCUGGACUCAA